UUGAAACAUGGCAGUCGGGGAGAUGGAAGCGUGUGAAGAAGCAAUAAUCUAGAGGAUACUGUUCCUGGCUGAUCUGCACGCUGGGGAAGGAUGAUCAUGUUGGUGCUGUCGUUUUGAGAACUGCCAUGAGGACCUUAAGGGAUUCCCGAUAAGCGGAAGGACUCUACCGGGGAAGAUUUAACGGUAUAACGUUGGCUAGAUUAGCUGGCCAGCUAUGGCACUUGUGUACGGGUUCGCAUGGCGUGUGUUGCAUGUCCUUCUGCACCUCCAGCGAGCGCUUCUCACCUGGCUCCGAACCCGCCUCUGCGGUCUCAACCGGCGGGUCUGGAAGCGACUUAUGGCAGCCCUGCUCUUUCCGGUGACGUUCGGCCUCCAGAACCACGUCCACAAGACCAUAAGACUGGGUCCGCCUCCCAGCAAGCGGGGCUGUCGCCGGGUGCCCUGGGGACCAGACCCGAGGUCUCUGGAGAAGCUGCCGCUGCAUGUCGGCUUGUUGAUAGCGGACGAGGAGCCACGCUACACAGACGUAGCCAACCUUGUAGUGUGGUGCAUGGCGGUGGGAAUAUCAUAUGUCAGCGUCUACGAUCAGCAAGGAGUCUUCAGAAGAAACAGCGCCAGGCUCACAGAUGUAAUCUUGAAGCAGCAAGACAAACUCCUGGGUCUCGACAGUUCAGAUUACGCUGUUGAGUUUUUAAACAACAGCAGUGAGAAACACAACCCUCACGCGCUGGCGUACCAGGUUUCGGUGAGGGUGCUCUCUGCAGACGACGGCCGGCCGGGCAUCGUGCAGGCGGCCCAGCAGCUGUGCCGGGCUGUGGAGCGGAGGGAGAGGAGGGCUGUGGACAUCGACGUCGGCAUGCUGGACUCCACGCUCGGAGAUUUACAGAAACACAUACCAGACCCAGACCUGGUUCUGAAGUUCGGCCAGGUGAACAGUACUUUGGGCUUCCUCCCCUGGCACAUCCGUCUGACGGAGUUCAUCUCCUUGCCUUCCCUCCUGGAGGUCUCGUACGAGGACUUUUACUGCGCACUACAGCGCUACGCCACCUGCGAGCAGAGGGAGGGGAAAUGAAGAGGUGCUCGGCGGCUGAUCUGGGAUCAGGGAAAGGGGAUUCCGGGGACCUGCUGUCUCUUCAUGUUUACACAAUCCCCCCCCUCCCGAGAACCAAAAAAAAAAAACGGUGCAUCCUCCACAUCUCGUCCUCUUCCUCCCCUCCACGUUUUACUUCUGAGACUCCUCUUAGUGAGUCCAAGGAGCAGAGCCAUGGUGUACCGUUUGUGGUUACUGUGUCCACGUCUCUUCAGCACCCCUUGUGGUCACCAUAGGCUA